CGGUCCGAGUAGGCAGCACAAAAGACAGGCAGACACACACAGCAGUCGUCAGAAAAAGGGAAACACUACGUACAGUAAACUUUCAGCUCUCGGUUUUCCCCCUGUAUCUCCGGAGCGGAAUAUAUCUGCUUUCACCGAGGAGGAUGUCGGGGCGACUCAACCAGCAGCACGCGGCGUAUGCGCAACGCAUGGAGCAGGAGAACAACCGAGUGCAGGCCACCCAGGCGUUGAACAGCUACUACAGCCACUGGGGCAAGGUAACGUCCCGCUUCGAGAACUGGACCAACAAAGAGUACUACGAGAAGGCUGACCAAAAGCUGCAGUCCAGCCGCGAGCAGAAGGAGAAGCAGACGGCCCUCAGUGACCGACAGUCGAGGCUUCGCCAGCUCUUGGCGCUUGAGAACGAGGGUUACGAUACCGAGAUGCAGCGGCGACGCAGGCCCCGCGAGCCGGGCGGCGGGGACCUCCAGAUGCUGGACAGGGUCAACCAGUCGCUGAAGGAGCAGGAGCAGCUGCGUCGCAAGCUGGAGAUGGAGGCCAAGCUCUACGGCCGCUGGCGACAUGGCGUCGACGACGAGAAGCUGCUCUACCAGUCUAAGUCGGACCACGAGGUGCUGGCCAAGCUCAACUGGCUGGAUCGCCAGAUCGAGAAUCAGCAGCAGCGCGAGGAGCAGCAGGCCCUGGCCGCCGAACGUCAGUUGCAGCUUCAGCAGGAGAUUAACCGCACGGAGCAAGCGCAGAAGGAGCGUCAGCAGAUUCGCGAGCAGCAGCUGCGUGAGCUCCGUGCCCUCCAGGAGUCGCACAUGUCGGAGUUGAGACUGCGCCAGCAGGAGGCCGAAAAGCUGAAAGAGGAGGAGCAGCAAUUCCGGGUGUUCCUGGGUGAGCUGGACAAGGAGAAGGAGCUGCUGGAGGAGAGCACGGCCCUGGUUCUCCGCCGUGCCGAUGCGGGGCAUGCCUUCAACCUGAAGAAGAUCAAGGUCUAUAUCCGCCAGCGCAGUGAGGCCAGUCGCAAGCAGAUCUCUCUGUGCAUCAAUCUGCUGCAGCGCAUGGCCAAUUAUGUGGUCAAGGCGGAGGAGUUGCAGACUCUCCUCGCCAAAUAUCGCUCGGAUCUGGAAAGCGAGGAGCUGGCCUGCACCCAAAUCGAGACCAUGUAUGAGUCGGAGGCAAAGUACAAUCUGCAGCGCUGCGAGGAGACUUGGCGGGAGCAGCACUUGCAGCGCUACGCGGAGCUCAGCAAGCUCAUCGAGCAGGAGAAAGUUGCCAUGGGGGGACUGCUUCAGGAGAACGUCUCACAGCAACAGGCGGUGGUGGAGCUGAGGACUCAGCAUCUCACCGGGAUUGAGCAGGCCAACAAGCAGCUGGAGCAGUUCAACGAAGAGCAGCCUGAGAUACCGGCUCCCUCUGUAGCCGAUCUCAAGGAGACGGAAUCUCAGUCAGCCAUUUCGGAGGAGGAUGCCCUGCCCAAGGUGAGCAACUCGUUUUCCAACCUCAACCUGGACGUGUGGCAGGAUAUGCCACCAACUCGCAGCGAAAUCGAUUCUCAACGCCUAACGAAGACUCGAUCCCUGAAUGUGGUCACCGCGGAGACGGCGGCUCCACCCAAGUUUGCUCGAAAGCGAGUGGCCUGGACUUAACGGAGGUUCAAGGCUCACACAUUGCCAUCGUUCCAGCUUAAAUUUUGAUAGUAUUACUAGACCUAGUGCUAAGUUAAAGUCAGUUUAGUCAUAGUUGGACCCUUGUAAACCCACUAUAACCACUCCACGUGCUAGCCACUCCACUACACUUCACCACACUCCACUUCAGCCCACUUCAUCCUCCCACUCCACCCCUACGAGACCUCUUUCCCACACUCCAGCGAACACCACUCUGUGCACUUGUAGUUGAUAAGGCUGAUAGAUAGGCGCGCGCCUCUCGAUAAGGGGGCGGGGUCGGGCAAUAAAUCACUCAAUUUGUGGGCCAGCA